UAUUAGCUUCCUUGCGAUGCAUCUCUUUGCCUGCAAAUCCUCACUUUCACAACCCAAGCAAUUCGCUACAGAAAAUAGUGAGACAGCAGCAACUGAAAAAACCAAGUGAAAAAUGGAAUGAUUCUUCUCUUGUUUCUUGCCUAUCCACAACACAGAACGAGGUAAGCCUCAGCCUCUGCCUCAGCCUCUGCUUCUUCUUUUUCUUUCCCACUUAAUUAUUUCUUUUUUUUUUUUUAAGAAGAAGAAUAUAAGAAACAAAAGAUUCUUGCUUUCAGUUUGUAUUCCAUUUUAUAGAUAAUAUGAGCUUAUAUUUGCUCAGAAGGAGAGCUUUAACCUUUUUCACUAUUUCUAACCCUUCUCAGAAAUUUUGCACAAAGAUCACGUCUUUAUCUUCCGUAAUCAAAACCCAACAAAACCCUUGUGCCCGAAUCCCUCGUUUUGAUGACCCUUUUAGGGUUUCACAAUUGGGCGCUUCAUUUUCCACAAGCUCCUCUAAGUUCCCCGAGUAUGAGAUGCCUUCAGUUACUUGGGGUGUGGUUCAAGGGAAGAGAGAAAAAUUGGUUAAUCGUGUUAUAAUAUGUGAUUAUCUUAAUAAUUUAGGGAUAAUUCCUGAUGAAUUGGAAAACCUUGAGCUUCCAUCAACCGUGGAGGUGAUGAAAGAGCGUGUCGAGUUCUUGCAGAAGUUGGGAUUAACUAUUGAUGAUUUUAAUGAGUACCCUUUAAUGCUAGGAUGUAGUGUGCGAAAAAAUAUUAUACCUGUCUUGGGUUACUUGGAGAAGAUUGGUAUUGCUAGGUCUAAACUUGGAGAGUUUAUUAAGAAUUAUCCGCAGGUGUUGCAUGCCAGUGUUGUUGUUGAGCUUAUGCCAGUUAUUAAGUUUCUUCGCGGGCUAGAUGUGGAAAAACAGGAUAUAGGAUAUGUUCUCCAAAAGUAUCCUGAGCUUCUCGGGUUUAAGCUUGAAGGGACUAUGAGUACUUCCGUGGCUUAUCUUGUUAGCAUUGGUGUUAAUCCUAGAGAUAUUGGGCCAAUGGUGACUCAGUUUCCAUAUAUUCUAGGGAUGAGAGUAGGCACUAUGAUUAAGCCACUUGUUGAUUAUUUGAUUUCUUUCGGUUUGCCUAAGAAAAUAGUAGCUAGAAUGUUGGAGAAGCGGGCAUAUAUACUUGGAUAUGAUCUUGAAGAGACUGUUAAGCCAAAUGUAGAUUGUUUAAUUAGUUUUGGAAUUAGGAAGGAAGCACUUCCUUCAGUUAUAGCACAGUAUCCGCAAAUUCUCGGGUUGCCUUUGAAAGCUAAGCUAUCUUCGCAGCAGUAUUUCUUCAACUUGAAGAUUAAGAUUGAUCCUGAAGGGUUUGCAGAAGUGAUAGAAAAGAUGCCACAGAUUGUUAGCCUUAAUCAGAAUGUGAUUAAGAAACCUGUUGAGUUCCUUUUGGGGCGAGGAAUCCCAUCUGAAGAUGUGGCAAAGAUGGUUGUAAAAUGUCCGCAGUUAGUUGCAUUGAGAGUUCCACUCAUGAAGAACAGCUUUUAUUUCUAUAAAAGUGAAAUGGGAAGGCCACUGAAAGAGCUUGUAGAUUUCCCUGAGUACUUUACUUAUAGCCUGGAAUCUAGAAUCAAGCCGAGGUACCAGAUGCUGCAAAGCAAGGGAAUUAGGUGUUCAUUGAAUUGGUUCCUCAACUGUAGUGACCAGAGAUUUGAGGAGAGAUUGCAAGGUGAUUAUAUUGAAUCAGAGAGUCCAGGUCCAUCCUUCUUUAAGGGUGGGAAGUUGCAACUGCCGGGAUAUGAGGCUGUGUCCGAUGAGGAAGACGAGAGUGAUGAUGAUGAAGUACUAUAUAGGCGUACUGUUUCUCUUUGAUAAUUUGUUAAUCACAUCAAUGAAAGAUGCUCAUUAAACCUCACUAACGCUGGUGGCAAAUAUAUGAUCACUAUGAUAUUUGUUCUUGCUGCCUGUUAUGUUGGAAUUUUUGACAGAUGGUUUCUUUUUUCUAAUGUUAAUAACCACUUCUCUAGGUAA